GCUCAUGCGGAGCCCUCUUCCAAGGUCGGUUGCGCGCUCGUUAUCACAUCCCUAUUCAAGUCUUUCAUUGACAUUAAUCUGCGACUCUUACCUUAUACUGCUCGCUCGCAUCUGGCCCGCGCCUAUUUUUGAUAAUCCUCGACGCAUUGAAUUAGCGACUGCGCAUCUGCGUCUCUCCCCACCUACCAAGACAACAUCCCACCUUAUCCAAUAGUCCUCAGAAAUGUUGCCUCUAGGUCUUCUGACGGCCGCGCAGGGUCACCCCAUGCUCGUGGAACUCAAGAACGGCGAGACGCUCAACGGACACCUUGCCAACUGCGACAACUGGAUGAACCUCAUACUCAAAGAAGUUGUCCAGACGAGUCCGGAGGGAGACAAAUUCUUUCGACUACCAGAAGUCUACGUCAGAGGAAACAACAUCAAAUACCUACGAAUUCCCGAAGAAAUUGUGGAAAUGGUGAAGGAACAACAGCAGAACCAGCCGCCGAACCGCAACCGUGGUCCCCGCGAAGGUGGUCGAGGCGAUAGAGGUCGUGGUGGUGGUCGGGGUCGUGGUCGCGGUCGCGGUCGGGGCGGCAAUUAGAGACUUUGAUCCUAUUUUUUGUUCACGAAAAGAAUGAGAAGAGACAUGAAAGAUACCCCGGGGUUGAUUGAAAGUGUUUAAAGCAGGUAGUUCGCUGGGGAAAGUUCGUUUGGCUGGUUAGGAAGUCGAGCAUGGCCUUGGCGUCAUCUGGUUGUACUUGUUAAAUGAGAAUUGUGUCGUCUGGGCUUCUUUUUCCUUCUUCUCAUUUCAUGAUUGGACGGAUUAUGAGAUUUGAUAUCUGCACUAAGUUAAAUACGAA